CCCGAUUUUCCCAGCUGGCCACCCGGAACCACAGCAGCAGCAGCUUGCGCAAGUGGUAGCAGCAACCAAGGAAAAGCACCACUCCUGCCUACUCGGGCAAUCGCAAACUUCCAGUACGACAACAAAUUCAAGCUGCACCCACUUUAAUUUUCAAUCAUCCCUUAACCCCGGCUGAUUUCCCCUAUUGAUUGCUGUUAUAUACAGCGAGCGGACACUUGGCCAUCCAAUCCAAUACAAGUCAUCUAGAACUUACACCAACAACCCCAGCCUUUUCAAGCGCCUGCAGCCCGGCCAACCAGAGUCAUUGGAAGACUUAAAACUGCCGACCAUCGUCACGACUGAUCGGCUACGUCUCAUUGCAGCAUAUUCCUCUGCAUAACAUCACCACAUCCACUCUAAUCUGACUUUUAAGUGCCGAUGCUGCAUGCAGUGUAGACAGGGGAUUGGGAUAUCUUAACUACCAGUUCGAUUUGGCCGGGACCUUCGGCAAGCAACAAUUGGUGUUGACAGCUUUGCUGGGUUUUACAAAUUGAAUCAAGGUGGUGCGCUUUGGCUCUUGAGGCUUGACACCGAAUUACCUUUUUACCACCAACUCAACCGGUAAGUGGUUCAAUGCCUCUCACUUUUUGAAUUUUCCCUUCUUCGAUCGUUAUCAUUCCCCUUCGACCUACUAUGGUAUAUAUUAUGAUCCGUUGCUAUGUCCCCCACACUGCGUCAUGCACAGUUGAUUUUUUUUCAUUCAUUAAUAUUUCACACCAAAUUGGCUGCACUCCUUCAAAGUCUUUCUGUUAUCUUCUCACAAUCCCUAUCACUCGAAUGAAGCCGAGAGUGACGCUUGUUGAACCGAGUUCCCAUAUCUUCCUGUGCCUUCGGUCUCGUCUACCGGAUGCAUGCAUCUCACACCCGACGACCCACUGCAUCCGUCGCGUCGCGCUACACGAUUUCGCCGCGCCGGGUACUAUAUUGACACAAUCUUCAUAUCAUUGGUUUCCGUUGAAGGCUUGACUUCUUGAAAGUGCUGAAGACUGACAACUGUGGUUCAGCGACCGAGAUGCCAUGACACGCGCUUAAUAUUACAACCAACUAAUACACACAAUGGCUUCGAGACUUGACAGAUUAGUCACUAUCCUCGAAACGGGUAGUACGAGACUCAUCCGUGAUACUGCUGUUAAUCAGCUUGCUGAUUGGCAAAAGCAACACCCUGAUGAAUUAUUCAAUCUCCUCUCUCGUGUCGUCCCUUAUCUGAGACACAAAGAAUGGGAGACAAGGAGAACCGCAGCUUCUGCUAUUGGAAAAAUUGUAGAGCAUGCCCCUGUUUACGACCCGAACUCUGAAGAUGCGCCCGAGGAAGGGAAGAAGGAGGAGCCUGUGCCCGAAAACGGACAUAUUAAGAAGGAGGAGGAAGAUGACGCAAAAAAGCUACCUUCUGAUGAUGGUCUCUUCAAAUUGGAGUCUCUCAAUGUUGAGAUGAUUCUCAAAUACGGCAAAGAACUACUGCGUGGUGGUGGCAUCGAAUAUGGACUAGCAGCGCUUGAUCCGCAAGCGCGACUGACACAUCAAAAGAAGACUCUCAAUGGGCGAUUAGGACUACUUGGAAGGAAGUACGAAGAUGACGAAAUCGCAUACACAGGUGGCGACAACCUUACUGCGCCCAUGACCCCAAUGGACACCACAAACGGGCAUGGACACGCUCGUCCUGACGGAUCUGGUGCUCAAUCACAAGCGCCUGAAGAAUCUCAACUGAGUUCUCGACAGCUCAAUGUAUUAAAACGAAAACGCAAAAGAGAGGCAAUGAAAGCAUCCCAAGGUAAGGGAGGAUUCGGAGAUCUUUCUGUCAGGCGCUCCAUGACAUCUGGAUCCGAUAACCUGGGAGACGACACGGCCAUGCCAGAUGGAGACACCAAGAAGAACAGCAAAGUCAACGACUACUUCAAUCUCGAUCGUCCUGCCGAUGUUGAUGAGGACACUAAGGUUGUGAGCGAGUUCAAAGGACCAGUGAUCCCCAUAAAAUCCGAGCUAGAAGCGGAGGAGACUAUGGAGGGCGCUGAGUGGCCAUAUGACCGGUUAUGCGAUUUCCUCAAAGUGGACUUGUUUGACCCUUCCUGGGAAACCCGACACGGAGCUGCCAUGGGCCUUCGUGAAGUUAUCCGAGUACAUGGUGGAGGUGCAGGGAAGCUACGCGACAAGACAAGGAAGGAGAAUGAUGUCCUCAAUCAGAAAUGGCUUGAUGAUAUGGCCUGCCGGCUGUGCUGUGUACUAAUGCUUGAUCGCUUCACUGACUACAGCUCCGAUACCUCUGUGGCACCUAUUCGGGAAACAAUUGGACAGUCUCUUGGGUCCGUUCUGAAACAUCUACCGUCGCCAUCUGUUUACAGCACCUUCAAAAUUCUCUACAGAAUGGUUAUGCAAGAAGAUCUCAAGCUUGAUAGGCCAGUUUGGUCAGUGUGCCAUGGCGGGAUGAUUGGCCUGAGAUAUGUCGUCGCGGUCAGGAAAGACCUCCUCCUUCAGGACAGCGACAUGAUUGAUGGCAUAAUAAAGACUGUGAUGAAGGGCCUGGGUGAUAUGGAUGACGAUGUCCGUUCUGUCAGUGCCGCUACGCUCAUCCCCAUGGCGAAGGAGUUUGUCACUUUGCGGCCCACACAACUCGAGGGACUUGUCAACAUAAUCUGGGAAAGUCUCUCAAAUCUUGGUGAUGACCUGAGCGCCAGUACUGGACGAAUUAUGGAUCUGCUCGCGACUCUGUGUGGUUUCCCAGAGGUACUCGAAGCAAUGAAGGCAUCGGCCGCUCAAGAUGAAGAACGUUCCUUUACCCUGCUUGUCCCUAGACUCUACCCCUUUUUACGUCAUACCAUCACGUCGGUGAGGGUGGCUGUGUUGAAAGCAUUGUCGACUUUCGCAAAACUUGACGCAGAGACCUCCCAGGGCUGGCUCAACGGCAGAAUUCUCCGAUUGAUCUUUCAAAAUAUUCUUGUUGAAAGAGAUAGAGACGCCCUUAACAUGUCUUUGGACCUAUGGACGUCUCUGGUCGAGAGCCUAGCCAGCAAACCUGCUGUUCUUGCAGACGAAUUCACUGCUCACAUCGAUCCUAUGAUGCAACUGACUCUACACCCUAUCGGUGUUUCGAGAAAUCCGAUCCCAAUGAACGCCUCACUCUUCCAAAAACCAUCAGGUGGCACGUAUACUAUGCCCGGAGUUACUCAGCACACACCACGGAAGCCGUCAUCUCCCGAUGGGUCUGAUCGUGCUCCCAAGCGUCGCCGGAAAUCCACAAAGGUCGACGACACCCCUACAGCCAGCCUAACGCAUGAUGUCGAUGGUCACAUGAUGCAAGGCGACGUGGAUCUCGUUGGCAUGGAUGUGCUGAUUCGCUCCCGUGUUUCGGCUGCCAAGGCAAUGGGCUUCAUCAUGUCUCGAGUCCCUGUCGCAAGCCUGGACGAUUAUGAUGCAUUGUUAAUUCCUGGCCUAGGGUCAGCAUUUUCAUCCAGCCAGAUGACAGCAUGCGUGAUCAUCGACGAGUUUGCCAUGAACAGCCAACACUUGGGCGAUUCUCCUCGUUACCUCGAGAAUUUACAACGCAUUAUUGAUUCAGAACGUCCAGCGGCAUACAGGGAUCUUGUCAACUUCAUCCAGCGAGUCAGGACACAAUGCCAGCAGCUCAUUCAUCUGUUCAGAGACCAUGGCAAGGUCUCGCACAGCAAACUUCCGACACUGCCUGUCGUGGUCCAAGGAGAAGCAGAAGCUGGCCCGAGUGCCUUUUCCAUUGCCACCGCAGAGAAAUGUAUCGGCGAUGACUAUGAGAAACUGAAGAAGGCCAUGCCUCCCGGUCAACGUCUGAUAGCGAGCCAGCAGCUGUCCGACGCUCGUGAUAUGACCAUUUUGGCCAUUGAAGAAGCCAAGACUGUUAAGGCAGCUCGUGAUGUUCGCGUCAAGGCAGCAGCAGCGUGUGCAAUGGUUGGCAUGAAAGUGCUUCCGAAGAAACCCAGCCCAUUGAUCAAGGGCAUCAUGGACUCUGUCAAAACGGAAGAGAACCAGCAACUUCAAAUUCGGUCUGCUGACACAAUUGCAAGACUCGUGCAGCUUUUCACUGAAAAGGGUCGAAAGGGACCAGCCGAUAAAGUGGUAUCCAACCUGGUCAAGUUCUCUUGUGUCGAAGUUGCAGAGACUCCUGAAUUUCCAGUUCAUGCCAGUAAGACUGAUUGUGUUCUGUCCAUGCAGAAGGAAGAGGAUCGUGUCGAUCACCCAGAUGCUGCUAAAUGGGCCCGCGAAGCUAAAGCUGCCCGCAUCACCAGACGAGGUGCAAAAGAAGCCCUCGAAAUUCUCUCUAGAACUUACGGUGCCAGCCUACUUGAAACUGUCCCCAGCCUCCGCACAUUCAUGGAAGAUCCUCUUGUUCGAGCUUUCUCGCUUGACACUCUGCCUGGAGAGGCUAAGGAUCCCGAACAGACGUUUGGACAAGAGAUUGUCGACGCCAUGUCUGUCAUUCGCACCAUGACUCCAACUCUGGAUAAGGCCUUGCAACCUUUCAUCAUGCAAAUGAUGCCUCUUGUCAUAAAAGCUUUGCACUCGGAACUUUCAGUCUUCCGGUACAUGGCUGCCAAGUGUAUGGCCACAAUCUGUAGUGUCAUGACCGUGGAAGGUAUGACUGCACUUGUUGAGAAGGUUCUCCCAUCGAUCAACAAUCCAGUCGACCUCAAUUUCCGACAAGGAGCAAUCGAAGCUAUCUACCAUCUGAUUGCUGUUAUGGGGGAUGCUAUUUUGCCAUAUGUCAUCUUUUUGAUUGUGCCAGUUUUAGGACGAAUGAGCGAUUCUGACAACGAAAUUCGCCUCAUCGCAACAACAUCCUUUGCCACGUUGGUCAAACUUGUUCCUCUCGAAGCUGGAAUUCCUGACCCGCCCGGAUUGUCCGAGGAAUUGCUGAAAGGACGAGACCGCGAGAGAACCUUCAUUGCUCAACUGCUGGAUCCAAAGAAGGUAGAGCAGUUCCAGAUUCCCGUAGCCAUCAAGGCUGAGCUACGGUCGUAUCAACAAGAAGGCGUCAACUGGCUCAAUUUCCUCAAUAAAUACCACCUUCAUGGUAUUCUUUGUGAUGAUAUGGGUCUAGGCAAGACCCUGCAGACCCUCUGUAUCGUAGCAAGCGAUCAUCAUCAGCGUGCCGAAGAGUUUGCCAAGACACAGGCACCGGAUGUUCGCAAGCUGCCGUCACUAAUUGUCUGCCCACCUACGCUUUCAGGUCACUGGCAACAAGAAAUCAAGACCUAUGCACCAUUCUUGAGCGUGACCGCCUAUGUUGGACCGCCAGCGGAGAGAAAGGCUAUGAAAGACAGACUUGGCGAGACUGACAUCGUAGUCACAUCCUACGAUGUCUGCCGCAAUGACGCAGAAGUUCUCGAUAAGCAUAGUUGGAACUAUGUUGUGCUCGACGAAGGCCAUCUGAUCAAGAACCCUAAGGCCAAGAUCACGCAGGCAGUCAAGAAGCUGGCGAGCAAUCAUCGUCUUAUCCUCACCGGCACCCCUAUUCAGAAUAAUGUCUUGGAGCUUUGGUCUCUGUUUGACUUUUUGAUGCCUGGAUUCUUGGGUGCUGAAAAAGUCUUUCUGGACCGCUUUGCGAAACCUAUAGCUGCAAGUCGAUUUAGCAAGGCAUCAUCAAAGGAACAGGAAGCGGGUGCCUUGGCGAUUGAAGCACUUCACAAACAGGUGCUUCCGUUCCUGUUGCGACGCCUCAAAGAAGAGGUUUUGAACGAUCUUCCGCCAAAGAUCUUGCAGAAUUACUAUUGUGACCUGAGCGACCUACAGCAAAAACUAUUCGAGGACUUCACAAAGAAACAGGGCAAGAAGAUUCAAGCCGAAGCGGGUCGUGAAGAUAAAGAAGCUAAGCAACACAUUUUCCAAGCGCUACAGUAUAUGCGAAAGUUGUGCAACUCACCUGCCAUGGUAAUGAAACCAGGAAGCACUCUUUACGAUGAGACGCAGAAGAUUCUCGCCAAGCAAGGAACCUCCAUUGAGGAUGCGCAGCACGCACCCAAGUUGACCGCUCUGAGAGAUCUACUGGUGGAUUGCGGUAUUGGCGUUGAAGGCAGUGAUUCGAAUGAUCCUCUUUACCAACCUAUUAAGCCCCACCGUGCGCUGAUCUUCUGUCAAAUGAAGGAGAUGCUCGAUAUGGUGCAAAAUAAGGUAUUGAAGGAGUUAUUGCCCUCAGUAUCUCACCUCCGACUUGACGGCUCGGUUGAAGCCAACAAGAGACAAGAUAUCGUCAACAAGUUUAACAGUGACCCGUCGUAUGACGUGCUUUUGUUAACAACGAGCGUGGGAGGUCUUGGACUGAAUUUGACAGGAGCCGAUACUGUCAUCUUCGUGGAGCACGAUUGGAACCCCCAGAAGGAUCUCCAGGCCAUGGAUCGAGCCCAUCGUAUCGGUCAAAAGAAGGUGGUGAACGUGUACCGCCUUAUCACCCGUGGAACUCUCGAGGAGAAAAUUCUGAACCUCCAACGUUUCAAGAUUGAUGUCGCAUCAACAGUCGUAAAUCAACAGAACGCUGGCCUCUCAACGAUGGACACAGAUCAGAUCCUUGAUCUGUUCAAUGUUGGAGACGCCGCACCAAACCUCUUAGCCGACAAGGAGAAGAACAACAUCGACGGAAGAGAAGAGGAUAUGGUCGAUAUCGAGACAGGUGAUGUGCGUGUACCAGGCAAGAAGGCAUGGCUGGAUGAUUUGGGAGAUCUUUGGGAUAACAAGCAGUAUGAGGAGAGUUUCGACCUGGAUGACUUCAUGAAGACGAUGUCGUAGGCGAUAGGCCGACUUCCCAGGCUUGCUGAAAACAUGGUGAAGCAUUUGAUUGCCGAGUUUUGGACGAGACGGUGGUCCUACUAGAAUAUGGUAUUCAACCCCGUCAAUGUUGAUGUGUACAAUAGCCUAGAUCGUUCAUUUAGCGAAGGCGUACUUUUGCUUGUGGAAUAAUUGCUAAGGAUACUAUUUGUUGUCUGGUUUGACUGCUGCGGCAAUGAGAAUUUACUUAAUAGUAUCCAUGUUACCAUUCUUCGUUUGGU